CACGCUGACGCGGUCACACUUACGCAGAUAAAAACACAUUUCGCGUGCACUUUUUGUUUCAAUUCUGAAAUCCGGCGAAAACAAAGCUUCAAAGACAAAAUGAUUAUUCCAAUUCGUUGCUUCACUUGUGGCAAAGUCAUUGGCAACAAGUGGGAGUCGUAUCUGGGUCUACUGCAGGCGGAGUACACCGAAGGCGAUGCAUUGGACGCAUUGGGCCUGAAGCGCUACUGCUGCCGACGCAUGUUGCUUGGACACGUCGAUCUGAUCGAGAAGUUGCUCAAUUAUGCACCGCUCGAAAAGUAAACUUAGUCGUUGGAGAAUUUAGAAACUGUAGAUUUUAUUGUAAAAAUUAAAGCCUCGUGAAAACCACAAAA